CCAGUGGACUCCUCCACUCGCAGUUCAGCCUGGACAGUUUGUGCACCAACACGAAGACCCACUAGGGGUCACUGCAGCCUCAGCGCUAUUGUGCCACCAGUUCAGGACACUGAGUGCUGCAGAGGGCGUGGGACCCCCAGCGCCGAGCACCAGGGUCCGAGGCAACUGCUCCCUGCCUUUCUGAGCCAGUCUUUCUGUUUCCCUAGGAUACCGACUCUUCAAGUCGAGCUAGGAACCGGUCAACCCAGCAACUCUGGAGCCGCACGCGCUACUGGUGCGAACCUGCCUGCACCUAGCCAUUUGACCACCUCCGCUCCGCCCUCUGCCCCUGGCUAAGACCCCGCCCAGUAGGGCCUCCAGGUUCCGGGCCACUGGGCCCCGGCUUCCCUCCGGGGCGUUUCGCUGACACCCAGACCAGCCCAGCUGCACCUUGACUGCUCUCGCCUGGGGCGCCACCCCCGGCACACCAGGAGAACUUUCCCUGUAGCCGCCUGGCUCAGGCGCUCCCGGGUCACAUCCGCACCCUUUUUCCUCGGCCGCUUUUAUCCGGAGGGCCUUCUGCCUGCACACGCCUUUCUCCGGAGGUCUCCUGCCGGCAAAUCCUUCGAUCCCUGUUUUCUUUGAAUCUGCCCCAGAAACAUCACCCCCUCCGCGAUUGCAAGGUGUUCUCGGAGUGAGAGCCUGAACUUGGCCGCACGCAGGACCCCCAUCCCGCCUUGAAAGAACUCGGACACCCCUGGAGUCUCAACCUUCGACGAGCUGACCUCCCCUAGACCUUGUCGGGCUGAGACCGCGCGCCCCCCACCCCCUUCGGAGGAGCCGCAGCCGCGGGAUGCGCGGGGGCGCGCCGCCGCCCUCCGGGCCGAGUUCCGCCGGCGCUUUCCCCGCGGUUGCGGGGCGCUGAGUCUACGGCUCCGCUGCUCUUCUCGCCUCCAGCCCGCGGACGCCGGAGACCGCGGGGAGCUGUCCCUUCUCGCCCCCGCCGCUGAGCAGACCCGGAAUUAAUGCCUCGCACUUGAGGGGAUCAGGGGGGCGAUUCUGCGCUGGGGUCUCCGCUCGCUCGCGUCGCUGGAGGCGACCGCAGCCGACAUGGGCUGCUUCUGCGCUGUUCCGGAAGAAUUUUACUGCGAAGUUUUGCUCCUGGACGAGUCCAAGUUAACCCUCACCACCCAGCAGCAGGGCAUCAAGAAGUCAACGAAGGGUUCAGUUGUCCUUGACCACGUGUUUCGCCACACAAACCUCGUGGAGAUAGAUUAUUUUGGUCUGCGAUACUGUGAUAGAAGCCAUCAGACGUAUUGGCUGGAUCCUGCAAAAACUCUUGCUGAGCACAAAGAACUGAUCAACACUGGCCCUCCAUAUACUUUGUAUUUUGGUAUUAAAUUCUAUGCUGAAGAUCCAUGUAAGCUUAAAGAAGAAAUAACCAGAUAUCAGUUCUUCUUGCAGGUGAAGCAGGAUGUCCUUCAGGGCCGGCUGCCCUGCCCGGUCAACAUUGCGGGUCAGUUGGGAGCAUAUGCCAUUCAGUCUGAACUUGGAGAUUAUGACCCAUUUAAGCACACUGCAGGAUAUGUGUCUGAGUACCGGUUUGUUCCUGACCAGAAGGAAGAACUUGAAGAGGCCAUAGAAAGGAUCCAUAAAACUCUGAUGGGUCAGACUCCCUCUGAAGCAGAGCUGAAUUACUUGAAGACUGCCAAAUCUCUGGAGAUGUAUGGUGUUGACCUCCAUCCCGUCUACGGAGAAAACAAAUCUGAAUAUUUUUUAGGAUUAACUCCUGUUGGUGUAGUUGUGUACAAGAAUAAAAAGCAAGUAGGGAAAUAUUUCUGGCCUCGGAUUAUGAAGGUUCACUUCAAAGAGACACAGUAUGAACUCAGAGUUCUGGGAAAAGAUUGCAAUGAAACCUCCUUCUUUUUUGAAGCUCGAAGUAAAACUGCCUGCAAACAUCUCUGGAAGUGUAGUGUAGAGCAUCAUACAUUUUUUAGAAUGCCAGAAAAUGAAUCUAAUUCGUUAUCAAGAAAAUUCAGCAAGUUUGGAUCCAUGAGUUAUAAACAUCGAUACAGUGGCAGGACAGCACUACAAAUGAGUCGAGAUCUCUCUAUUCAACUACCCCGACCAGAUCAGAAUGUGGCGAGAAGUAGAAGCAAGACUUAUCCUAAAAGAGUAGCACAAACACAGCCAUCUGGAUCAAACAGUAUAAAUCGAGUAAUUGCAACUGUGGAAAAUGGAGAAAAUGAAGGAACAACUAAAAUUAUUGCACCUUCACCAAUAAAAAGCUUUAAGAAAGCAAAGAAUGAAGACAGCCCUGACACCCAAAGCAAAUCUCGUGCACCAUGGGAAGAAAAUGGCCCUCAAAGUGGACUCUACAACUCUGCCAGUGACCGUACAAAGUCCCCUAAGUUCCCCUACACACGCCGCAGAAAUCCUUCCUAUGGGAGUGAUGACUCAGUACAACCAGCUAGGAGAAGGAAAGCCCAUAACAGUGGUGAAGACUCAGACUUAAAGCAGAGGAGGAGGUCACGCUCACGCUGUAACACAAGCAGUGGUAGUGAAUCAGAAAAUUCAAAUCGGGAACAUCGGAAGAAAAGAAACAGAAUACGACAGGAGAAUGAUAUGGUGGAUUCAGCACCUCAGUGGGAAGCUGUGUUAAGGAGACAAAAGGAAAAAAACCAGGCGGACCCCAACAAUAGACGAUCUAGACACAGAUCUCGCUCGAGAAGCCCUGAUAUCCAAGCAAAAGAAGAGUUGUGGAAGCAUAUUCAAAAGGAACUUGUGGAUCCUUCGGGGUUGUCAGAAGAACAACUGAAGGAGAUUCCAUACACUAAAAUUGAAACUCAAGGUGACCCAAUCCGCAUCAGGCACUCUCAUUCACCUCGAAGUUACCGCCAGUAUCGCAGGUCUCAGUGCUCAGAUGGAGAACGGUCUGUCCUCUCAGAAGUGAAUUCAAAAACAGAUCUUGUACCUCCACUUCCUGUGACUCGUUCUUCAGAUGCACAAGGUUCAGGUGGUUCUACAAUUCAUCAGAGAAGAAAUGGAUCUAAAGACAGCCUGAUUGAAGAAAAAUCUCAGACAUCUACAAGCAGUCUGGCUGGAAAACACACAGCAAAAACAAUAAAGACUAUCCAAGUUUCUCGGCCCAAGAUAGAGACUUGAACCCAGGGAAUUGUUUGGGUGGGAGGUGGAAGGGGUGUGGAAAGGGUGUGUGCCACCUUUACUUUGAAACUGUGAAUCAUGAUUAAGUAUCUUGGACCUGCAGCACAAGGAAAUUGGCGUGUUUCUUCUGUUAAAGGUUUACCUUUAUCAUACUCUGAAGGACCUUCCUACUUAGUAAAUGGGAGGAUUAUGUAUUAAAAAAAACCUAUUCACUUGAUGCCAUUUCCUAUAAACUCACUGUCUACCACAAUUAAGACCAGAUGACACUUCUGAUGGUCCCAGUCUCCUGGACUAUAAUUGGCUUGUUGUAGUUAGUACUCUGGGAAGAAAGUACUCUGUGGUUCUAAUAUUCAGGCUGGUCUUUUUUGUUCACUUUUUUUGGUAACACUCUUAUUUUGUGGCAUUAAGUUACACUGAUUACUUACAUGUGUUAAAAAAAAAAGCUUUUGGUUUGUAAAUGUU